UUGUCGCCAUCCUCAAAGGCCAAUUCAAUUCAAAGCUUUCUCUCUCUCUCUCUCUCUCUCUCUGCCUCACCGCCUCACCAAGCGAAGCAAAAACGCAGAGUCAAAGAAAGAUCGACGUUUUCACAACUCAACAAAACUAGGGUUUUACAAAACCGCCAUACCAGUCCAGGCCUCUCUAUAUAUCUCUCAGGCUCUCAAAUUCAUCACUGUCGACAUGGACAAACUGAAACUAGCUUCGUCCUCAUUGGGCGAGCGAUUGAAGACAGGCGGAGCACAAAUGAGCCGAAUGGUCAGCUCCAAAAUGAAGGAGAUUCUGCAAUCACCGACUCCGGAAUCGAAGAUGGUGGACGAAGCGACUUCCGAGCACAUGGAGGAGCCGAAUUGGGGGUUGAAUUUGCGUAUAUGCGCCAUGAUCAACAGCGAGGAGUUUAGUGGAUCGGAGAUCGUGAAGAACAUCAAGAAGAAGCUUUCUGGGAAAAGCGUGGCGUGCCAGAGGCUGAGUCUUGAUCUGUUGGAGGCUUGUACGUCGAAUUGCGAGAAGGUGUUCUCUGAGGUUGCGUCUGAGAAGGUGUUGGAGGACAUGGUUAGGAUGAUCGACGAUCCCAAGACCGACCUCGCCAAUCGAGGGAAGGCUCUGCAGUUGAUUAGGGCAUGGGGCGAGUCGGAGGAUCUCAAAUAUCUGCCCGUGUUUCAUCAAACUUAUAUGAACUUGAAGACUAGAGAGAUACCUUCAGCACCAGUAGAUGGAAAUUCGUCCCCCAUGCAGUAUUCGCUAGGGUCAUUUAUUCAUGGAGAGCCGAUUUCUCCUCCUGAAAGAUACCCUAUUCCUGACUCGAGUUUGAAUGAAGGGGAUAAUGCUGCUUUUCCAACUAUUUAUGGCAGCCAAUCCAUUGAACAAAAGAAAGAAACCACGGAAAUCACUCGAAACAGCAUUGACAUUCUUUCUAGCAUUUUAAACUCUGAAACAGAACCAAAACCCAUCAAGGAUGAUCUGACGGUAAGCAUGCUGGAGAAGUGCAGGCAGUCAUUGCCUGCCAUUCAGAUGAUUGUGGAGAGCACCACCGAUGAUGAAGUUAUGCUCUUUGAGGCUCUGAAUCUUCACGAUCAGCUUCAACAAAUCAUUUCCAAAUACGAGGAAAUGAAAGUUGCUCUCUCUUCUGGAGUGGUAGUACCACCAGAAAAAUCUGAUAGCCCAGAAGCCAAUUUGCUAUUAAUGCAGGCUGGAGGACCUCGUAUAGAAACUGAAAUGGCAGAUUCUCAAAAACAAGAAAGCCCAGAGUCCAACAAAGAAACCGAGAAGCCAGAUACCUCAAAAAAAGAAAGUACAGAGUCCAAUGUUGAUACGAGACGUAGCGAGUGAGGGUAGUUUAUGUUUGAAAUCGCUGUACGUAAUUAUUUAUGUUGAUCUCUGCUAGGUUUGUUGAAUUACUUUAAUGAUUUUGUUGUUUAUGGUUCUUUGGAAAUACUGGCAAACUCAGUUGCAGUAGUUUCUAUUGCGCCAUGCUUGCAUCAGUUCUUAUCUACAGGACUUCGGCCCUGCCCUUGUGUAAUCAGAAGUGGUGAGUUUGAAUUUCUUUUGGCACCAUAACUUGCUGUU